GGGCCGGCUGCUCCCUCCCGCGGGCCGCCUCCGGCAGGAGGUGCGUCAGCCGCCGCCGGCGGGCAGGGAAGGCGCUUCCGGAGGCGGGAGGUCAGAGCGUGGAGCAGCGCGCCGCUGUCCCGCUGCUGUGGAGGGGGCAGAGGAGGAGCGGAGGGGGCAGCGGCGGCGGGGUCGGUCUGUGGGGAAAGGCACCGGACGGCUCCGUCAUGUCCUACUGCAGGCAAGAAGGAAAAGACAGAAUUAUAUUUGCGACCAAGGAGGACCAUGAGACACCAAGCAGUGCUGAGCUGGUUGCAGAUGACCCAGAUGACCCUUAUGAAGAACAAGGAUUGAUAUUGCCCAAUGGAGAUAUCAAUUGGAAUUGCCCAUGUCUGGGUGGAAUGGCUAGUGGUCCCUGUGGGGAACAGUUCAAGUCAGCCUUUUCUUGUUUCCACUAUAGCACAGAAGAAAUAAAAGGAUCAGACUGUGUGGACCAAUUCCGUGCCAUGCAGGAAUGCAUGCAAAAAUACCCAGAUCUUUACCCUCAAGAGGAUGAAAAUGAAGAAAAAGAAAAGUCAAGCAAAGAUUUGGAAGCUACUCCUAUGGAGGCUUCUGCUGCCAAAGAGGAGAAGGGCUCUAGCUAAUGAAGAGGCAAGGAGGCUGUUGUCUCCAUUUCUCAUUUUCAGAGACAUGGACUUUUGCAGUAUGUCUGUCUUUUGAGUUGUCAAGAAAUGUUCGAGUUGUCAAGAAAUGUUUCACCAUUGUUCUAUACACUGUAUCAUAAUGAAUAAUUUAUUGCCGAAGGAGAAAUCUCAGUGCUACAGCCUUGCAAAUAAAUACUGCAAAAAGAACGAGUAUGUGUAUGCAUUGUGUAACCUGCUAUCAGACACAGUUAACACUUUAACAGCUAUUUUUUACCCUCAAGUUCUCCUUCAGUUUUGACUUGAAUAAUGUCUUUAAAUAUAUAUAGCUUUCAACUAAAAUUCCACUAGUACACCAGGUCUGUCUUCAUUUCAGUAUAUUCUGAUCAACAGCUGCUCUUUUUUAAUGUAUUCUGUUCUUCUAAUAGAAAUUGCAUUAAAUGAUUGUUUUUCCUUAAAGAUUUUUUUUGACAGAGUGAUACAGGACACUGAUAAUGGCCUAAAUGUAGAAUUUGUAAAAUAAUUUCAAAUGGUCUUACUAGAUUACAGUUGCAUUUUACUACCAACAUCAGGUAAGGACUGCCAGAAAAACAUUGACCUGUGUUUCUCCUUUGAUUUCAUUUAUUUACUGUGAUGGCUUUUGGAUUUUUAAAAAUGGUGUGUUGUACAACCAUUGAUAAAGAUGAAUGGAGUGAAUGUUGAUCACUGGCUUUAUUUUUCCUCUGAAACCACAGGUUUUGGGUUCCUUUAGUUAGUACCUGCUCCUUCAGUGUUUAGACAGGCUCUUGUAAAAUACUUUGAGAAUACAAUGGAAAUGUUACCUGGUGUAAUGAUCUCAAAACAGAUACUGUGAUGGAAUUGCAUAUUAAAAAGCAAAUACUUUUUACCUUCACUGAAAA